UCGUCGCAGGAGGAGGAGGAGAGGACUCGUUUUCAUCGCGCGCGCACCACCACUGCCAAAUGCGCGCCCCGUGCUUGUGCGCCGUAAAGCGAUGUGUGCGCUGUGAACGCGUGUGCGAGUGUCUGUGUCUGUGCGCGCGUGUGUCCACCAUCGCCGCAGCAGCAGCAGAGUAAAAGCGAGUGUCGAAGUGAUCGAGAGAGGAAAAGAAAAAAAAAAGGGUAUCUUGGCCACGACCGCGUCUCGAACGCGAGCUUUUCCGGCGUGAACUGUGCGACUGUGCGUAUACCGCUUCGUCGGUUUCGAGUGCGAGCUUGCGGUGCUUUUUGUACACCGACACAGCCUUAUCACACACACACACACGUACGUACGUAAGUGUGUCGUCGUAGUCGUCCGAGCGAUCCCUCCCCCACGCACGGUGGCAUCUCUCUACACCUACCAUUUGUUUUCUCAACGAAGAUAUUUCAACGACGUCGGUAUCAACUUGAGAACCCACUUGAACACAGAGAAUCCUAGACACGGCCACGGGAGCGCCUGAUGUGCCGCCAAAGUAUAUAGAGGCACACGCAGCAGACGUCACGCUCGGCGACCAAAAAUAAAUCACCGGCUUGUGCGUGUGUGUAUCACACCGGAGUCACCGCGACUGGUGCGUCUCUACUCUGUGCAUCUCUCUACUUUUGGAAACGAGUCCGCCGCAGCGACGGAGCAGUGCGCGUCGAGAAUCGCGCCAUGGAGCCAGAUGACACCUUCGCUCGACGAGUAUACGGCUUAAUUGAAUAAAAAAAAAGUCAACGCGGCAUCGUGAAUCAAAAAAUUGCAACGUAAAAAAAAGUCGUCGGCCAUGUCGACAUGCGAUAGAGACUCUUUUUUCACGGAGCAGCCGUGCUGCCGCUGCGACAGCGGCAGAGAAUCAGCCGGCUGAGAUUGUCGACGACAACAAUUGAUAUGGCGAUCGAGUGAAUGAUCAUCGCGCGACAAUUCACGAACGAAGAGAAAGAUAUUCGUCGGACGUUGCAGAGGGAGAGAGAGAGAGGGAGAGAGAGGAAGGGAGGAUUAUUGACAAAAGACGAAAAAAAAAAGGAUUGAGUAAUGGCGAGGGAAAGGAUAUUGACGAAGCUGCUGCUCGCCGCCGCACUGACGCUGGCGAUUCUUCUGGAUACAUGUCGAACCGACGACAAAGUAUCGUUCUACGGGGCGAGCUACAUCCACUUGCCCGUGCAGGAAGCCAAGAGCGCGACCGACAUAGCCUUUCGCUUUCGCACGCACUUGAAGGAUGCCAUGCUGCUGCUGGCCGCCGGCAGGACGGAUUACUGCCUGAUAAGGCUCGAGUCCGGCCGAUUGAAGGUCAACAUAAAUCUCGGCGCCGGCGAGAAGGAGCUGGCCAGCAAUCGCGAGCUGGUGCUCAACGAUCUCGGCUGGCACGAGGUCAACAUCACGAGGCGCGACGCCAACAUCACCCUCACGAUCGACCGGAUACACAGCGUCGGGGCCGUGCUGCCCGGCAAGUUCUUCGAGCUCAACAUCAACUUCGGCGUGUACAUCGGCGGCCAAGGGCUGCAGGUCGUUAAGGACCUGUUUUUCGGUCACAUGGAGUACAUGCGCGGCUGCAUGGCCGACAUAUCGUACAACGGCCUGCGAGUGGUGGAGCAGGCGCGCUACCGUCGCAACGGCGCCGAGGCCACGGCCGUGAGCUGGGGCUGCUCCGCGGAAUUCGACGCCAGGCCCAGCGACGACAUAAGCUUCGUCGACGACGGGGCCUUCGCUGCCGUGCCCAGGCCGAUUCCCCGCUCGGGUGCGAGGUGGGAACUGGAGCUGAAGACGUCCUCGGCCGACGGCCUGCUCCUGUUCAACGCCGGCCACGCGUCCUACGCCGACUUCCUCGCGAUCGAGCUCUAUCAGGGUCACGUGCGCCUGCUCAUGAACAAGGGCAACGGUCCCACGGAGCUCACCCACGCCUAUCUCGUCUCGGACGGCCACUGGCAUCGUCUUCAGUUCGACUUCGCGCCCAAUCUCAUCGGCAUCGGGGUCGACGGCCGCUUCCAGAAUCUCUCGAUCGCCAGCGGCAAUCGUUAUCUCGACCUCGCCGAGACUCUGUACGUAGGGGGCACGGAGCUGAGCAAACGAGCCAACGCCCUGGCCAAGGGGGUGAGGAACGGCGACGUGAGCUACAAGGGCUGCCUGAGGAACAUGUGGCUGGCGGGCAAGGAGCUGGGCUUGGCCCACGUGAAGGUCAGUCAGGGCGUGGUGGUGAACUGCGUCUGGGGAUUCCCCUGCGCCGAGGCCGAGCCCUGCGUCAAGGACGCCAUGUGCUCGCAGUUGGGCGUGAGGUCCUUCAAGUGCACCUGCGAUCAGAGCCUGUGCAUCAAGUCUAACUUCACCGAGGAGUACAAGCUCAACACCAAUCUACCGCUGAGCCUGGAAAUCCUGUCCGUGCAAGCGAUCAACGUCGCGGAGGGCAGACGCGCCGCCCUCGACGAGCGCCACAUCUCCGUCGUGCUGGACAUCGCCAAGUACGGCCUCAACGAGUCCCACGUGAUUCUGGCCCUGCUGACGCCACCCAACCACGGCAGUCUGCAAAUCGACCGGAUCAAUCUGGCGCCCAAGACGCCCUUCACUCUGCACGACGUGUUGCAGCAAAAGGUCAGCUACGUGCACGACGGCAGCGAGACACUGCAGGACACGAUGCUGCUGAAACUGGCCCUCCAAGCAGCACCAGCCGUGGGCGGCUCCAAGGUCCAGCUGCCCAAUUACUUUCAGGACAGUCUGCGAUUCAGCCUCAGCGUGAACGUCACACCGGUGAACGAUCCGCCGCGACUGGACAUAUCGCCCGCGGCGGUGCUCAGAUUGGCUCAGGGUACGCGAAAGAAGCUGAGCCGCGACCUGGUCUGGGCUCACGACGCCGACACGUCGGCCGAGACGCUGGUCUACGCGGUGCUGGGCAACGACAGCGACAUCGGCCAUCUCGAACGAAUCGACGCCGAGGGCGUCAAGGUGCGAACCUUCACGCAGGCCGAUCUCGAGAAGGGCUUCAUCGAGUACGUUCACAGCGGCAAGAACAAAUCGAAAGCCGUCCUCGGCCUCAAGGUCAGCGACGGCGAGACCCACAGCGCACCCCAGUACCUGCGCGUCAGCACCUAUCCCCUUCACAUCAAGCUGCGUCACAAUACCGGCCUCGUCGUGGUGCAUCGGUCGUUCGCCUACAUCAGCACGGCCAAUCUGUCGUUCGCCACCAACGCCGAGGACGCCCGGGUCGACAUCAAGUUCACCGUGAUCCGGCCGCCCCAGUACGGCCAGCUGCAGCGUCAGCACGAGCCCAAUCAGCCCUGGCUGCAGACCGAGCAGUUCAGCACUCGCGACCUGGAGCUGCAGUCGGUGCGCUACGUCCAGAAUCUCGGCAGUCCGCUGCGCGACAGUUUUCGCUUUCAGGCGGGCGUGCGCGAGAUGCAGCCCAAUCUCACCUACGACUUCGAGAUCAGCUUCAUCGUCCUGGAGCUGAUCAAGGUCCAGAGGGCCAGCGUGAACUUCAGCGACGCCACGGACAGCCUGGUGGACGCGCGACACCUCGAGUACCAGACUAAUCCCCUGCGCACCGAGCCCAACCUCGUCGUCUACUCGCUGCUGGAGCUGCCCCGCUUCGGCCACCUCUAUCUGGACUACGAGCGGCUGCGCAUCGGCCAGACGUUCAAUCAGCGCGACGUCAAUUCGCGCCGACUGCGCUACCGACUCUUUCAUCGGGCCUACUCGCCGAUCAACGACGCGCUCCUGUUCAAGGUCACCGCGCCCCAGUGCGCCGAUCUCUUCGAGACCCUCGACUUCCAUUACCAGCCCUAUCAGGGCGGCCAUCUGCCCGAGAUCCAGGAGCAGGUGCAGGUGCAGGAGGGCCAACGGGUGGCCCUGAAGAUGCGCACGAAUUUCCGCGACUUCGGCCUGAGCCGGCUGAACUUCAAUCUUACCCAGCGACCCGGUCACGGCUUCCUCAGCGUCUACAACGGCAGCGUCGUCACGAGAUUCAACACGACUUUCUUCGCGUUCGACGAGCUCACGGCUCUGCGCGUCUACUACGAGCACGACGACUCCGAGACCACCGAGGACUCGUUCGAGUUUCUGGCCGUGAGCGGCGGCGGCGGCGGCGGCAGCGACGAGGCCGACUUCAUGUACAUCGGUCGGUUCGCGGUGAGCGUGGAGCUGCGCAACGACAACAAGCCCGAGCGCGUCGAUCCGCGCGUCUUUCGCGUGGUCACGAACUCGGAGAGGAUCAUCAGCAAGGCGGACCUGCAGUAUCGCGACGCCGACAUCAACACCGAGCCCAAGGACAUCGUCUACACGGUGAUGCAGCUGAGCAACGGCGAUCUCUAUCGCGUGGAUCAGCCCCAUCGGCGCAUCUCGCGCUUCACCCAGGAGGACGUGAACGAGGACAAGAUCUGCUACAAGCACAGAGGCAAUCCGAUCGAGCGCAUGGACUUCGUGGUGAGCGAUCGCGAGCUGACCACCAAGGGCGAGCUCGAGAUUCAGGCGGGCCAGGCGUACGCCAAGCUGCUGCUGCGCGACAACAUAGUGGUGCAGUCGAAUCAGUCGGUGAUACUGAGCGUCGGCGACCUGGACCUGGAGACUAACGUGCACGCCAACGCCACGGACGUGCACUUCAGCCUGCUGGAGAAGCCCAAGUACGGGGUGCUGCUGAAGCUGCGCCGCGAGGCGACGAGCUUCGACAAGGACGAUCUGCUGCAUCGCUACGUCGCGUACAAGCACUUGGGCCAGGCCCAGAAGAAGGACCACAUGAGGAUCAAGGUGCAGGUGAAGGACGGCGCGGCCGAGGACACGGGCGUGCUCGGCAUCAAGAUCUAUCCGGAGAUCUACUGGGAGCCGAUGAGCGUGCACAACAGCACGGUCUACGUGGAGGAGGCCACCAGCGUCAUACUGAAUCGCAAGAGUCUGGAGGCGGGCAACGUCGGCAUACCCGCCAAUCGCGUCACCUACUACGUGAAGGAGUGGCCGAGCAACGGCUACCUCGAGGUCCAGUACCCGGAGGAGCCGUCCGCGGGCCUGCAGUCCUCGGCCGAUCUCGACGAGUUCGGCGCGCACCUGGUCAAGCACUUCGAGCAGAGCCUCGUCAACGACAAUCGCGUCUACUACGUGCAGUCGGCGCCCAAUCAGACCCACGAUCGCUUCGUCGUCGACGUCACCAACAGCAUCGGCUGGAUCCGCGAUCUCGUCGUCAACAUCGUCAUCGUGCCCGACAAGCUCUACGUGGGCGCGCGCAAUCUCAGCGUGCCCGAGGGCAAGAGCGUCGUCCUCCACGAGUUCGACUUUUACGCCGUCACCGCUUAUUACGCCGGCAAGUUCACCGACUAUCGUCUGGCGGAGAAGCCCCAGCACGGAAACUUGAUGGACAGCAAGAACAAUCCGAUCAGGAAGUUCGAGCACAAGCAGCUGGCCAACGGCGAGAUAGUCUACAAGCAUAACGGAGACGAAGCUCCGCACGAGUGCCUGAAGAUGAUCGUGACGGCGGGCGAGAAGCACAGCGAGCCGUUCGAGCUGUGGUUCGACGUGACCCCCAUCAACGACGAGCUGCCCCAGGUGGUGAACAAGACGAGGUUCACCGUGUGGAGAGGUGGUUCCGCGGUGCUGAGUAACAGUUUGCUCGGUGCCAUGGACAACGAUACGGCUCCGACCGAGCUGGUUUACAACGUCAAGGAGACGGUCAAUGGAUAUUUUGCUCUGGCGGAGGCGCCGGGAGUCGAGAUACGUAACUUUUCCCAGGAGAUGAUCAAUACGAAGAAGGUCAUUUUCACGCACACGGAAAAAACCGAGGCCGAGUUCAAGUUUUCCGUCAACGACGGCGUGCACUCGACCGAGACCUACCAGGUCUCGAUCGGCACCAGACCCGUGUCCCUGUCCCUCGAGCGCAAUCAAGUGCUCAACGUCUUUCCCCUCACGAGAAAGCCGUUGAGCAGCGAGCUGCUACUGGCCAAGUGCAGCGAUCCCGAUCGCGACGUCAAGUACGUCGUCAAGACCAAUCCGGCCAUGGGCAAGAUCAUCAUGGAGACCGCGGACGGCACCUGGCUCGAGGUCGAUCGCUUCACCCAGCGCGAUCUCAACAACAGCAAGGUCUCGUACGAGCACAACAAGCAGUUCAACAAUCUGAGCGCCUCGGACUCGUUCCAGUUCGACAUCGAGACCCACUUCGCCGAGGCGAUUCGCGAGCUCGAGUUUCGCGUCGACAUAUCCGUCUCGAGCGGCGGCCUGCAUCACUACGCCACGGCGACGCCGGUGCACGUCGAGGAGGGUGGCUCGGCCCCUUUGGCCAUCAACGUCAGCGGCAUAGUGCAGUUCUUGCGCACCAAGGCGGCCAUACCCCAGCCCGACGUGUCGGUGAGGCUGCUGCGUCAGCCCGCCCACGGGCACGUGAUGCUGCUGCACGGCCUGAAUCUCACGACGUACUCGCAGUCGGAGAUCGAGGGCCACAAGAUCGGCUACUUUCACGAUCACAGCGACACGAGCCGCGACCAGAUCGACUUUAGCGUGUUCGUGUCGCCGGGCCACGUGACCCUCUGCAACGUCAGCAUACCCGUGGAGAUCGCGCCGAUCAACGAUCAGCCGUUCGAGCUGAGGGUCGUCGAGCCGCUCGACGUCGUGCAGAACCAGACGCAGACCAUCACCAAGAGCCACCUGCUCACCGUGGACCCGGACACGCCCGCGCGCGACAUCGUCUACGAGGUGAUAAGCGCCCCGACGUACGGCCGGCUGCUGCUCGUCGCGACGGAUCAGGCGGCCAACGACGAGCCGCAGGUACUCAAGUUCACGCAGCACGACAUCGACUCGUCGCGCCUCGUCUACGAGCAUCGGGGCCCCCUGCAGGGAGCCACCUUCUACUUCCGCGUGUUCGACGGCCGAUUCCAGCACGUCUACAAGACCUUCGACAUCAACGUGCACCCCAUUCGGCUGAACGUGACGAUUCUGCGGCCCGUGGAGAUCCAGCAGGGCCGCACCUCCACCACGAUCGGCACCGAGUGCAUCAGCGUCGACGCCAACGUGCGCCUCGACCUCGUCACCUACGUGGUCACGCGUCGGCCCGAGCACGGGGUCGUUCACGCGCGCGAGAAGUCCGACGAGUUUCGUCACAGCGACCUCCAGUCCAAGAGCGUGCUCUACGUCCAGCAGAACAUGUCGGCGAGCAACGACAGUCUCGAGCUCACCGCCCGGGUGAGCCAGUACGAGGUGCGCGAUCUGCUGCUGCCCAUCCGGGUGGUGCCGCUGAUGAUCGCGAGCCCGAGCCUCGAGGUGGUCGCGGGCGAGCGCACCAAGCUGUCGGUGCAGUAUCUGGACGCGACGCCCCUGGCCAAGCUCUCGCGCCAGGAUCCGUCGUUCUUCGUCGCGCGGAAGCCCAGAUACGCCAAGGUCAUGCGGAUCAUGAACAGAACGAUGUCGUCGGGCGAGAAGCGAGGACUGCAGGAGAAGGAGAUCGGCGUGUUCUCGCACUCGCAGAUUCUCUCGGGCUUGAUCUAUCUCGUCUGCAAGAAAGUCCCGACGGCCGAUCGCAGCGGCUUCCUCGACAAUUUCGAGUUCGUGCUCAAGGUGCCGCAGACGGCCGUGCGCUUCCAGCCGGCCCGCGGCACCUUCGACUUUCGCGUCAAGCUCGCCAACGACUACUACAACAAUUCGCUCGACGGCCCCAUGGAUCCGGUGGGCCACGAGGGCGAGCUCACCAUCGCGCCCAACAUGAGCAACGACUACACGCUGCUGCUGGGCAUGCUCAUGGGCGUCAUGCUGCUCGGCUUCUGCGUCAUCGUCACGUUGAGGUGCAGCCAAGCCAAGUACAAGGAUCCCAACGGCGGUGGCGGCGACGGCGACGAGGACGACAUGGAGGACGACAUGGACGACAUGGAGCAGGACAAGGUGGAUCUGCCGUCGCCCGCGAUCGCCAAUCUGCCGAGGCCGCCGGGACAUCUGCUGCCGGCGACGCCCAAUCUCAAGAGAUACUCCAACGAGCAUCGCAACAAUAGUUUGAGCUCGAGCACGCCCCUGCCACCGAUGAUGCCGACGCUCACGUCCACGUUGCCCCAGUGCAAGGUGAUACCGUUGAGUCCGCUGGACACGACGAUGAACAACUCCUCGGAGCUGGACGUGUCGUCGGGCCGCUAUCCUUACGGCAUGCCCGACGUCGACGAGUGGAGCAGCAGCUUCGAGACGACGGACAUCCCGUGCCCGUCGCAGACCUCCCAGCGAGCCGCCUCCAACCCGUUGCUGAGGCGCAAUCAGUACUGGGUCUAGCGUCACGAGUGCUGCACCCUCAGGCCGAUCCGGCACGAGCGCCUGGCCACGUAGCAUUUGGCCCCGGCUACGGCAGCCACGACCCAGAGCCUGCAGAGGCAGCCGCGCGUCAAGAAGUCCGUGACCUAUCGGCUCGACGCGCAGGAGAUUCUUGGGUAAACGCGCCUUAGCCGGGUUUCAAGUUUCAAAGUGCUGAGAAAAGUGCUGAGAUCGGACACUGAUUGUGGUGCACGAAAUUUUUGUUUUUUUUUUUUUUUAAUGAAGUGAUCGAGGAACGAUAGAAGCAAUUGGUGGGUUGGUUUGUAAUCUCAACAAUACGAUAACCUGUCGAAAUACAUGAUAGAUUAGCGAGUGUGUGAAUCGAUGAGAAACGUAAUAAUAAUAAUACAAAGCACUUGUGACACGAUAUGAUUAUUAAUUGUGCCAAAUAAAUUUCAACGAGUUGCAUAAGUAUUUUUUAUAAUAGAAAAAAUAAGAAUAAUAACUACCAACCAACAAUCGUCAAUAUAUAAGAUAUAUUACAUAGUCUUUGUGAUAAGGAGAUAGCGAGAUUUGAGAGCACCGGAGAAUCUUCCACUGAGUUUCAACGGCAUAUUUGUAGUGAAAAAAAAUAAAUAAAUAAGACGAGUAAUUUUGAGGAAACGAUAAUCUAAGACUGAUUUCAGCGUGUUUUUAUAUAUAAAUUACAACUAAACCAAAAAGUAAAAGGUAAAUCAAUCAUUUAUGAAACAUAUUUUAGAUAUCGCGAGGACGAAUUCGAUGUAUCUCUCUGCCUAAAUAAGAUCGAUCCAUCGAAUUAUAUUCGAGAAAUUCGAAGCUCAUUUUAUGGCGAGACGCAGGUUUUUCCUAAGUACGAUUGUUGAGUUUGCUUAGACGGUUCGUUGUUUUUGGUCGAUUAUGAGAUGUAAACAUAUUAAACGCAACAAAUAACAAGUGUAAUCGAUCUUUUAAUAAUCAUUUUAUAUAUUAAUUAAGUCGUUAAAAUUUAAAUUUCUGAUAGCAUGGAAAAAAAUGAUAAAAUAAUAAAGGUUCUCAACUUAUGAGGCGCGUGAAAAUAAUUUUCAUUAACAAGACAAUUAACGAGUAAGAAAAAAUUAAACUUAAAUCGAUGUAAAGUAGGUGAAAAUUUAGUGAAAAAUAUAAUAAAUAAAUUGUAAUGAUUUUAAAUUGCAUGUUAAAAAGGAUUAGUUGAAUAGUUAAGAAGUGUCUGUAUGGAUUUUUACACGUCUCACAGUAUUACGUACACUGAUGUAUAACGAAAUUUCUACAUUCGAUGAGUGGGACGAAGCGUUGGCGACGUUUUUGAAUUUUUAUAUUUUAUAUAUUAUAUACAUACACUUAACGAAAUCACGAAUAUCGUAAAGAGAAUGAUAUACUUGAAAAAUUUAAUACUGUUCGAAUCAAAUAGCCCACAGUAAAAAUCACAUCUUCGAUUGGAGAAAAUGAACUGUAUGACAAUUUAAAAGACCUGGAACGGCACUAAAAGCUUAUGUUCUCGACGUAAGAAUAAUUUAUAAUAAGGUAAAAGUUAAUGUGAACUGUACAUUGUAAAUAAAAAAAUCGAAUGACCUAAAAAAAUGUAGUAGGCCGAGAGUGAUAUAUUCACAUUAGCGAUUUCUUCGACUGUUUUUCUAAUAUGUAUUAAAAUUAUGGAAGCAGUUGUAUAAGUGGAUGAAAUACAGCGUUUUCGGGUGUUUUAUCAUCUAAGUAUCUGUAGGCAAGGCAAUACUUUG